AUGGCAGCCCUGCUCUCAGACCUCAUGAAGAAGGAAGGUGCGGAGGAGAGGAUAGGAGGGGCGGUGGCGGGGUUAGAACUUUCGCAGCUGAGGCAGCUGCUGCUGUAUGCGCGGGAGUGGAACACCAACGCCAAGCUUUGUCUUUCGGCUCAACGCUUGCUGGCUGCUGUUCUGAGGCACCACCCUCCGUCAACGCUUAUGCAGAUUCCAGGAAUCGGGGAGAUUCUGGACGGGCUGCAGCCAUACACGCAGCGCCACCUGGCGCGUCUCGAGCGCGUGCUGCGGAGCUCCUACCUCGUCGACUACACUCUCGCCACCCUCACCAUGCUACAGCCGACCGCUGACCUGGCGCUACAGCCGGAAGCUGAGCUGGCACUGAAGGUUGCCGGGUCAGGCGGCAAAGCCGCCCUGGCGCUACAGGCCAAAGCUGCCGCCCAGGAGAGGCCGUCUGGUUUGGAAGUUUUGAAGGAGAAGGUAAGGAGGGAGAGUGAGAGGAGGAGAGGAGGUGAGAGGGAGGGAGGAGGAGAGGAGAAGAGAGAUGAGAGUGAGAAAGGAGGUGAUUAUAGUGAGGUGGAUGCUGCUAUGAAGAUGUGGAGAUAUCUGGAGAGUAAGAGGGAGGAGGGGUUGAAGGGGAAGGAGGGUAAGGGAGAGAGAGGGGCAGGAGAGGAGGAGAGGGAGGAUGGGGAAGAGGAGGGGGAGGAGGGAGAGGAGGAAAGGGAGGAAGGAGAGGAGGAAAGGGAGGAAGGAGAGGAGAAUAGAGAGGAAGAAGUGGAGAGCGAGGAGGAAGAGGAGGAAGAGGAAGUUGGGAAAGAAGAAGGUGAGGAGGAAGGAGAGGAGGAAGGUGAGGUGGAAGGGGAGGAGGAAGGGGAGGAGGAAGGGGAGGAGGAAGGGGAGGAGGAAGGGGAGGAGGAAGAGGUGGACGAGGAGGAAGAAGAAGAAGCAGAAGAAGAGACGGACGACGAGGGACAGGGGAGGAGGAAGAGAGCGAAUCAGAGGACAAGGAGAAGCACGGUGGUAAGCAGGCAAGAGUCCAAGCCCCUCACAGUCAGCAGCACGUGUUGUGCCAAGCAAGAAGCAGAGGAUGCGAUGAUGUCGCGUCGCGUCAAGUGA